AUGUUAGACAUUCAAUUAUUACGCAAAGACUUGCCCCAAGUGCGUGCACGCUUGGCCACCCGCAAAGGGGGAGAAGAUAUACUAGAUGUUGCAGCAUUUGAGCGGCUGGAAGCGCAACGCAAAACCAUCCAAAGCAAAACCGAAACGCUGCAAGCCCAGCGAAACAGCCUGUCCAAAGACAUAGGUCAGCUCAAAGCCAAAGGUGAGAGCGCAGACUCGGCCAUGCAGCAAGUAGCACAAAUCAAAAUAGAACUAGACUCCUCUGCUGCGCAGCUAGAGGGCAUACAAAACGAGAUGCAGCAGCUUUUGGCUGGCAUUCCCAAUUUACCCCAUGAAAGCGUACCGGUGGGUAAGGAUGAAAGCGACAACCCUGAAGUACUGCGCUGGAGCCCCCAAUCUGGCUUGGGCGGCAAUGCCCAAGCUUUGGCUUUUGUAGCCAAAGACCACGUGGCUUUGGGCGAAAACUUGGGCUUGGAUUUUGAGGCGGCAGCGCGCAUGUCUGGGAGCCGGUUUGCCGUCAUGAAAGGCCCUUUGGCGCGCUUGCAAAGGGCUUUGGCGCAGUUUAUGCUAGAUACCCAAACGCAGCAAAACGGCUAUACCGAGUGUUACGUGCCCAGCAUCGUGACAGCGCAGGCACUCUUUGGCACCGGCCAAUUGCCCAAAUUUGAAGCCGAUUUAUUUGCUGCCAAAAAAGGGGGGCAUCAAGGCGAUGAGGAGCAAUUGCCUUUGUACUUGAUACCUACCAGCGAAGUCCCUUUAACCAACCUGGUGGCAGACCAAAUAUUGGCAGAGUCUGAUUUGCCCAUGCGGCUAACGGCCCACACCAGCUGCUAUCGCUCUGAAGCUGGCAGCGCAGGACGCGACACGCGUGGCCUUAUACGCCAACACCAGUUUGAUAAAGUAGAAAUGGUGCAAAUCACCCAUCCCGAUCGCAGCUACGAAGCGCUGGAGCAAAUGUGCGAGCAUGCGCAAGACAUUUUGCGCAAGCUGGGUUUGCCCUAUCGUAUGGUGUUAUUGUGUACGGGAGAUAUGGGGUUUGGGGCAGCCAAAACGUAUGACUUGGAGGUUUGGUUGCCGGGGCAAAACUGCUACCGCGAAAUAAGCUCCAUCUCAAACUGUGAGGCUUUUCAAGCGCGGCGCCUGCAAGUGCGCUUUAAAAAUGCGCAAGGUAAAAAUGAAUGGGUACAUACCCUUAAUGGCUCUGGUCUGGCUGUAGGGCGCACGUUAGUAGCGGUUAUGGAAAACUACCAAAACGCCGAUGGUUCGAUUACCGUGCCACCCGUGCUGCGCCCCUAUAUGGGGGGCAUCUCUGUACUCACUCCUGUUGAUUCUAAAUAG